AUGGUUAAAGGCGAAAAAACUCCAGCAGCAGCAGCAGCGACCAAAGGUGGGAAAACACCGGCAACUGGUGGAAAAGAUAAAGGUAAAGCGGGCAAGGCGAAAUUACCAGAAGAGAAGACAGUUGAUGAAACUUUUGAACCGAUAAAAAUCGAUGUGAAAGGUGCUCAAACGGCUGUCGUAUGUUUAAGAAGUACCGAAGAAAACGUCCUAAUUCGAGCGUGUGAUGCAUUAUUCAAAUUUGCUGAUAAAAGCGAUGCAAAUAAAUUACUUCUACAUGAAAUGGGAGCCACAGAUACUUUAUUUACAUUAACACAACAUGAAAAUCCAAUUAUCAAACGAAAUGCAACGAUGGUAUUCGGGCUGCUGUCUUCUCAUCCGGAUAUUCGACAAUAUCUUCGUAAAAUUGAUUGCAUCCCACAUAUGAUCACACUCUUGUCACCGGAACAUGAAGCAUUGACAAAUGAAUAUGCAGUAUUUUGGCUUCGUCAUAUGUGUAGUAAUUUUUCCACAAAAACUCAAAUAACUUCUCAGAAUGUUCUUCAACCAUUGAUUCGUUUAAUCAAUGAAAAUGAUCCAGAUGUGAAGUUCAAUUCGUUAUCUACAAUCGACCGAAUUCUCGAUGAUUACAAUGCGCGAAGUCUUUUACGAGAAUUGAAUGGUAUCGAACCAAUACUAAACAAUCUCAAAUCGGAUUACCCACAGAUAACAGAGACGGUGUGUAAUUGUUUACAAAAACUAGCAACGGAUCCAAACAAUCGCACAGUGAUUAGAGAAAUUGGUGGAUUAGAUCGAAUGAUUGAUUUUAUCGGAUUGGAUGAGACGAAAGAUGUUCAUGUUCAUUGUCUGAAUGCAUUAGCAAAUCUUCUGGAAGAUACGGAAUGUCUUGAUUUGAUUCAAUCGAAUGGAGGUUUGAAACGAUUGAUGCAAUUUGUACAAGAUAGUGCUUUACCAGCUGUUCAAGCAGCAGCUGCAAAGGCCAUUGGGCGAGCAGCAAGAAAACCGCAAAAUCGAAAGAUUUUCUCCGAACAAGAUGCUGAACGGGCGAUGAUUUGUCUUUUACUUAGUGAAAAUGAUGAAGUACGUAUUGCCGCUUGUCAAGCACUAGCAGUGAUGGCAGAAAGCAUGCUAAGCCGAGAAACAAUUCGAAACAAUGAUGGAAUUCUUACGAUUGUACAAAUGAUGCAGAAAGAUAAUCCACGCUUACGUGAAUUUUCAACCUUAGCAAUGUCAAACCUAACGCAGAGUAAUUCAAACAACAUUCGAGAAUUACAAGAACAAGGCGGUUUAGACAUAUUGAUUCACUUAUUAAAUGAUGAAAAAGAUACGACCAAAGCGUACGCAUGUGUCACAUUAGCCAAUUGUUCAACUGAUCCAGUUGUACGUGCAAAUAUUCUAGAAAAAGGUCUGAUUACAAAUCUUCUCGCACCAUUGCAUACAAAUUACGAAAUUGCACAAGCGAAAGCCGCGAUGCUCUUGUCAGCAUUCGGUAUCGAUCAAAAAGCGCGACCUGAAGUGUUAAGUAAUGCAGCAAUUGUACCGCGCAUUGUUACAUUAUCGAAAUCCAAUAACGAUGAAGUUCGUCGAAAUGCUUGUUUUGCUAUCAGUGUUCUCUGUGCUGAUCAAGCGAUUGCAAUGGAAAUUCUUCGAAAUGGUGCACUUGAGAUAUUACGUGAUUUAAAUGCAUCCGAAUCUCGUAAAAGUAAAUUCACUGAAAUGGCUUUACAAAGAAUACUUGACAGUCAAUUAUCAGCAAAAUAUUCUUACCUCGGCCGAUUAGAGAACAAUAAUAUUACAACAGAUGGAUUUUAUGACAUGGGCCCAGUGCCUGAAGGUGGAAAAUUCUUAACUAUCGAAGAACUAGCUGUUCAGGAAGUAAAUGAUCGUCGGCCGAUUCUGAUUGUCUAUGCUCCGGAAAAGAAUGUUCCACAAUUCCAAGCAGUACCCACAGAAAUGCCUCCUGAAGAAGAUCGUACGCGAGCACGAUCAUCAUCGAAUUCUAAUCUUGCUAGAGCAACAACGCCAUCAAAGGGUUCAGAUGGUAAGGAAAAAUCAGGCAGUACGGCUACAGGUCGAACGUCGAAAGCAGGAAAAAGUUCUACUAAAGAAAAAGAAGCGAAAACUACUACAAGUACUACCAGUAAAACGAAAAAAGAGAAAACCAGUGAUAAACGAAGUGCUGCUGAUGAUAAAAAGGCUGCGGAAACGGAUUCAUCAGCGACGAAUAUUACUGAUCCAAAAGCAGGCUAUCAAUCGACACCUGAUCAAGAUUUUCUUACGUAUCUCGAUGAGAUUCGUCCUCAAGUGGCGAAGAAACCUUUAACUGAACAAAUUCCAAUUCUUGCUCGAUUGGUAAGCGAUAAGAUGGGUGGAGUUAUUGCACUUGAUGACAUCACAACCUUCGGAUAUGAAGUAUCAAUGAUUCAGUUGAAAGCAGAAAUACAUUCAAAUAUUGUUCCAAUUGGCCGAAUACGAAAGGGUAUUUACGCACAACGAGCAUUUCUUUUUAAGAUACUCGCUGAUCGAUUGGGGAUGCCAUGUACAUUAGUACGGGGAAACUAUAAUCGUGCCUGGAAUGAAGUGGUACUUGGAGAAUCAUCCGCGGGUGUUCGAUAUCCAGCGAAAACAUGGAUUGUCGAUUUACUGCAUGAACCAGCUUGUUGCAAUUGCCCAUUAAUUUGUUUUUCCUGUCACUACAUCUCAGGAUUCUCCUGGUUCAAUUCCGAAGUAAAACAAGUGACCAAAUCGGUAACUACUCAACGCACAACUGUCCAACGUCGCCAAUUCGAUACGCGACAACAGAAUCCGGCUAGAAAUUUCGCCCAUAUUGAACGCCAAGCCAAAGGUGUUUCGAAAGCUCAACUUGCAAAUCGAACACUUUUGCAACAAGCCCUUUUACAACGUAAAAAUAAUAUUCGUAAUUCAACUAUUGCUCAACGUCAAGCGGACAGCGUGAGGAAACAAAACUCUCAAACGGUUUCACAGAAUCGUUUGCAAGAAAGACUUGUCAAUCAACAACGAAAUCGAUUUCUUAAUCAACGGCCAACACAGCGUCAAGUCAAUCGUACUGUGAAAAUUGCCAAUAGUCGACUUUUCAAUUCAAGAUAUCGCCCGUUUGUCAAAAACAACAAAACAAAUAAUCAGAGUCUUGCUGCUAACCGCCAAAAGUCAAUCAUCGAUCGCAAAAAACGUCAACGCUCGUUCUUCUCCAAACCGACCUUUAUACUUCAGAAUAAUAAAGUUCAACAUCAACAACGAUCGAACCUUGUUCAGAAGAGCACACUUGCUCAAACGAAUGCUCAACGAUCUUUGUUACGACGAAAACGACAACAUGCGCAUGAUGAUACAGCAGCAAAUCCGUUUAAUUCAAUGGUCCUUGCUCGUGAUGCACCUGUGGAUGGCGAAGAUGAUAAUUUAUCAAGAAAGCAACAACAACAACAACAACAUAACGACAUUGUAUCUUCUGCUAACUUUCAUAUAUGGCUCUUGGGAUCGAUUUCGUAG